AUGACGGCCGCGCGCGCCCCUCUGUUGCGGAAUUACAAUAGACGACAUAUUAAGGGGCUUGGCCACACCGGAGUCCUUCGCCCGGAUGAUGCAACACGGUCAAUUGAGGAUAGGAAGGCAAAGGACACUAUUCGGGAGAAAAGGCGGCUGGAUAGACAAUACAAGAAAGUGUACGGCAAAGCACCGCCCAAACAGCCUACGGAGGAGAAUAAGGCAUCAAUUGAAGCCGCGAGGGCUGCGGAACAGGCGAAUGAGCUUUUCUACCUUGAUUCGCAUCCAAUGCGUUGA